AUGAGCAAAAAAACACCCAAAACAUUCAUAAUUCUCAUGUACUGCUUACCUUUUGCCUUACAGGUUGAUUUUCCAACAGCCAUUGGUGUGGUGCUAGAAAGGGACAAUGGCAGCACUCUGAUGGAGAUAGAUGGUGACAAAGGCAAACAAGGGGGCCCAACUUACUACAUAGACACCAAUGCUCUGAGAGUUCCAAGGGAAAAUAUGGAGGCCAUUUCACCUUUAAAAAAUGGAAUGAUUGAAGACUGGGAUAGUUUCCAGGCAAUUCUGGACCACACUUACAAGAUGCAUAUUAAAUCUGAAGCAAGUUUGCAUCCUGUCCUUAUGUCCGAAGCACCAUGGAAUACUAGAGCAAAGCGUGAAAAACUGACUGAAUUGAUGUUUGAACACUACAACAUCCCUGCUUUUUUCUUGUGUAAAACUGCUGUUCUAACAGCUUUUGCUAAUGGGAGAUCUACAGGUCUCAUUUUGGAUAGUGGAGCAACACACACCACUGCUAUUCCAGUGCAUGAUGGAUAUGUACUUCAGCAAGGCAUUGUAAAAUCACCACUUGCAGGAGACUUUAUUACUAUGCAGUGCCGGGAAUUGUUUCAGGAAAUGAACAUAGAGAUAAUUCCUCCAUAUAUGAUUGCUUCAAAGGAGGCAGUUCGUGAGGGGUCACCAGCAAAUUGGAAGAGAAAAGAGAAGUUACCGCAGGUCACUAGGUCUUGGCACAACUACAUGUGUAAUUGUGUCAUUCAGGACUUCCAAGCUUCUGUCCUCCAAGUAUCAGAUUCGACCUAUGAUGAACAGGUAGCAGCACAGAUGCCAACAGUUCAUUACGAGUUCCCCAACGGCUAUAACUGUGAUUUUGGUGCUGAGCGUCUAAAAAUUCCUGAGGGAUUGUUUGACCCUUCUAAUGUAAAGGGUUUAUCUGGUAACACGAUGUUGGGUGUGAGCCACGUUGUCACAACAAGCGUUGGAAUGUGUGAUAUAGACAUCAGGCCGGGCCUCUAUGGCAGUGUGAUUGUAGCAGGAGGAAACACUCUAAUACAGAGUUUCACAGACAGAUUGAACAGGGAGCUGUCUCAGAAAACUCCACCGAGCAUGCGCCUGAAGUUGAUAGCAAACAACACAACAGUGGAGCGGCGUUUCAGCUCAUGGAUUGGUGGUUCCAUUUUGGCUUCUUUGGGUACUUUUCAACAGAUGUGGAUUUCUAAACAAGAAUAUGAAGAAGGAGGGAAACAGUGUGUAGAAAGAAAAUGUCCUUAAACCUCUUACUGUGAAAUCUGCUGCCUGCUCAGUGCUCCUUCUGUUUUAUAGCUUUAGCAUACUCAGGAAUGGGAUGGACUCUUUUUUGUAGAAAGUUUAUAUUGAAUUUUUUGCAUAAUUCAAGUUCCAUUUUAACAAACCUUAGAAAUUUUGAGAGACCUAAUUGGUACUAUCAUAGAAAAAGGAUGUUUACAUCCCUUGUAAAGCAAUAAUUCAUGUAACAAGCAUUUUAUAAUUUUGUAUAAAUGUCUAUUUUUCUCUAGUAACUUUUCCUGGGAACAGCUUUACAGGUUAGCUAAUAGAUAGAGGCAUAACCUUGCAAAUGCCCAUGCAGAUUUAUUAAAAAUCUCUUGUCUACUUACACAUAUUCGUCUUCCUUGCUGAUACUUUGGCCUUGAAUUGUUCUUAUUUUUCUCUUAGAAAAUAAAAUUUGGUCUUUUAUAUUUGAGCAACUUAGAGUACUUGCAGAGAAAGUAACUCUUCUGUUUUAAAAAUGGAAAGUUUGUAUUUAGUAAACUACUAUAGGUGACUCAGUUCAGUGUGAACUUUUACUGUCUCAUGAAAGUGUUACAUUCCAUGUAGUGAAUGUUAUAUUAAGCACUGGUUUGCUAAUUUUCUCUUA